GGCUCGCAGCUCUAGAUCGGGUUCCGAUUUAUUUUUUUUCGGAAAAGCAUAGGCGUUGGAACACGGGGAAACCCUUCCGUGGGAGUCGUCGAAAUGCCGAGCUCCACGGGUGAGGUGGAGAACCUGCUGGCGGAUGGUCCAGUGAUUACUCAUGGAAACAGGUCUCUUGCGUGGCGUUUCCACGGAGCUUGGAUCACGGGCCUCUGUGUGGUGGCCGCAGUGGUCUACUUCGGAGCCGUCCCCUCCUUCACGGCGUCGGAGAGAAGUCAGGCUGACCGCCCGACUCCUUCAGUCCGUGGCGUGAAUUUGGCGCACCAGGUGAAUCUGGUGGUCGAAGACGAUAUCGUGAAGAAGGCGGAGGAGAUGGAGAAGCAGAACACUGCUGGCCCUUCGCCCUUGGAAAAGCAAUACGCGCAAGCGCAAGCCGCGCGGGCCGCCGCGAAAGCGGCCGCCGCGAACGCUGCAGCGGCGCCAGCGGCACAGCCUAAGCCCGCUGCACCUGCCGCGGAAGUGCCAGCAGCACCGGCCGCCGGAGCGGCCGCUCACCCGCCGGCCACCGGCGCCCAGCCGGCACACCUCUCGGCCGCCGCGCCGGCCCAGCCGGCCGCCAACGUGCCGGCGGCGCAGAAGCCGGCGGCGGCGGUGGCGGAGCCGGAGAAGGCGGAGGCCUGCGCCACGGCCACGCCGGGUGAUACCUGCUACAAGGCUGUCUUGUGGGCAAAGUGGAUCGGUCUGAUUGAGCAUCCGGAUUGGUAUCCUGGAUUGCACCGGGCCACCGCCAACCGCAAGGCCAUCCAGGACUGGCUUCACAAGCACAAGCAAGGAUCUUGCAAGAAGCCCUGCGACGAAGCUUCGUAUCCAGUGCCAGAAGUGGGCAAGGGAAAGCCGAGCCUCUUCUGCAUCUCCGUGGCACGCAUGGGACCAGAGAUGGAUACGAUGUUUAUGCAGCGACAGAUCGGUGCCGGAAUUUUCGCCUGUGAUGGGCAUGCGGUUUACAGCGACACCAGUGUGGACAUCGAUGGCUUCAAGACGACGUUGAUCCCCUCGACGGCCUCGGGCGUGAGUACGGACCAGACGGCGGCGAACUCGCAGGUUUUCAUGAACACUUGGAUGUCACUCUUGACUUCAACGAAGUGGUACGAGUUUGAUUUCAUUGCCAAGGUGGAUCCUGAUUGCGUGUUCUUCCCAGCGCGUUUGCGCGGGCACGUGCACAACUAUGUCGGCCAGAACGUUUUCUUCCUGAACUGCGGAAAGUACGUUCCCGCCACGAUGUAUGGCGCCCUCGAGGUCUAUUCGAAAUCUUCCCUAGGUGCAUACUUGGCUUCUCAUAAGAGGUGUGAGAGUUCUUUCCCCUUCAACGCCUGGGGCGAGGACAAGUACAUGACGAAUUGCUUGGAAAUGUUGGGCUGCAAAUCGGUGGUGGACUUUGGCAACUUCCUCCAUGACGAGAGAUGCUGGGGCGUGGACUGUGGAAACAAGCAAGCCGUGGCCUUCCAUGCCUUCAAAGAGGUGAACCAUUGGUACAAUUGCUGGCUGCUCUCCAACCACAACGGCUUCUGAGACUCCCACACGGCUCCGCCUUUGAUAGGCCCCGUGUUGUUGGAGAUUGAUUCAACGAGCGCGCUAAAUAUGUAGCGGACUGGGCGAGGGUGGGCCUUCUUAUGCUUCAAAAGGUUUGGGUUCAGAGUCGC